GAAAGAGACAGCGGACGACACUAGCUGACAUGACAACAAAUUGCUGAGUUUGGGGUGGGAUGCAUAUAAUAGCUCACUCAUUCAAUUGAUGUGAAUGAAUCUAGCCUCCUGCUCGCAACCAAGGAAACAUCUCUAGUAUUUUAAUUUAAUGUUGCUAGUCUGAAUUGUGGUUACCUAUCUACAGACAGUAAUCAGUGGAUACAGAACCAUGGCCGAAGUUACUGUGGGCGCCAGGGCGUACUGCAAAAUGAUUUUGCACGCAGCCAAAUAUCCACAUUGUGCCGUAAAUGGAUUGUUAUUGGGUCGUCUGAACAAGGAGAAAGAUGAAUUGAUGUUGACAGACGCCGUGCCACUUUUUCACAUUUGCCUACAAGUUUCACCAAUGGCAGAAAUCGCUCUCACUCAGGUAGACCAACUUGCUGCAAGCAAAGAUUUGACUAUCGCUGGUUAUUAUGUUGCAAAUGAAAAUAUAUCGGAUAUCAGUGUAGAUAGAGCAGCAAAUAGGAUAGCUGAUAAAAUUGCAGAAAACUUUCCCCCAGCUUGUUUUGUUGUUUUGGACAACCAGCAUCUCACUCUCAGCAUGGAGACACCCGGAAUCACCUUAGCCCAGUACAAUGAUGGAAAGUGGCGUUCAAAGGAUGUCAAGUUAAAUAAUGAUGUGCUUGACACCACAGCAGCUCUUCUUGAACAACGAGCUUUUAAGAUGCUUGUGGACUUUGACAACCACUUAGAUGAUGUCUCACAAGAUUGGAGGAACAAUCAGCUCAACGAAACAAUUGAUGAAGCUGCAAGUUUGUCAUAAAACAAAUCAAACAUCAUAUGCCCUUGUUCAGGCAUAUUAUGUAACUGAAUGAGGUUUUUUAAAAAGCCACAUUGGUUACCUAAGAUGAAUUUUAUAUUAUUCAUUCAUUGUUCAACCUACUACCAAGUGUAUUUUUUAUGCAGUGUUAUCAUAAUAAUUGAAAGGGUCCAAAAUACACCACUGUCCUAGUUUUGACUUGAAA